AUGCUUUACCUUGGUAAAAGUGAUCAUUUCCAAAACUUGAUCAAGAACUUGGAUGUCGUCGGAAAGAUUCGCCGAGAGAUCCAAAACCUAAAGCUCUUCAGACAUCCGCAUAUCAUUAAACUGUAUCAAGUGAUCAGUACUCCGACCGAUAUAUUCAUGAUUAUGGAGUACGUGUCCGGCGGAGAGCUCUUUGACUAUAUUGUCAAACACGGAAAGCUCAAGGAGUCAGAGGCGCGCCGUUUCUUCCAACAGAUCAUUUCGGGAGUCGAUUACUGUCACAGACAUAUGGUGGUGCACAGAGAUCUCAAACCGGAGAAUCUGUUGUUAGAUCAGAAUCUAUGCGUCAAAAUCGCUGACUUUGGUCUUUCCAAUAUGAUGAUGGACGGAGAGUUCCUUCGCACCAGUUGUGGAUCUCCUAAUUAUGCCGCCCCUGAGGUUAUUUCGGGAAAACUCUAUGCGGGACCAGAAGUGGACAUCUGGUCGUGUGGUGUCAUUCUCUAUGCACUUCUAUGCGGAACUUUACCCUUCGAUGACGAACACGUGCCCACACUCUUCAGGAAAAUUAAAUGUUUGACAUUUUACUCGAAUUGGAUUGUCAGUCUAUUAGUUCACACUUUACAAGUGGAUCCCAUGAAGAGGGCCACUAUGGAUGAUAUUAAAAAUCACGAAUGGUUUAAGAAGGAUCUGCCGGCGUAUCUCUUCCCCUCUGCCAACGAUAACGACGCUUCCAUUAUAGAUAUGGAUGCCGUCAGUGAAGUCUGUGAGAAAUUCGGUGUGACUGAUAAGGAAGUGCACAGCGCUCUCCUCAGCGGUGACCCUCACGACCAGUUGGGUAUUGCAUACCAUCUCAUCGUUGAUAACAAACGCAUUGAAGACGAGACGGCAAAACUGGACAUAAAGGACUUUUACGUCGCCUCAAGCCCUCCGCCGUCUAACUUUGUGGACACACCGGCCAGACCUCAGUCGGCCACUGGAAACCAUAGCCAAAGACAACGGAUGUUAAGCGGAGGCAAUACUCCCGCAGAACGACAACGAAUGCUUAGCGGAGGCAACAGUUUAGACAAAACUAAGGGAACGCCUAUGAAGAGAGCGAAAUGGCAUUUGGGGAUUCGUUCGCAAAGCAAACCCCACGAUAUCAUGAAUGAGGUCUACAGAGCGAUGAAAGCACUCGAUUUCGAGUGGAAAAUCGUGAAUGCAUUCCAUGUGAGAACUCGGAGGAAGAAUCCGAUAACAGGAAAGCACGUGAAGAUGACUCUCCAGUUAUAUCAAGUGGACUACAAGAGCUAUUUGCUUGACUUCAAGUCAUUGCCGUGCAAUGAGGACGAGCCCAACGAGCUGUGCGCCAGCGCUGGCAGUGGAAGCAAUUGCAGCGAUCCGUACAAUCAGUCCCAAUGCCAUCACAUAAUGGAGUUCUUCGAGAUGUGCGCCUCUUUGAUCACACAAUUGGCGCGUUAGUCAACACUACAACCACUUCCCGGUGCUCUUUGGCGGCAACUUUUCAUUUAAUUGCUUUCCUUUUUAAGCUUCAAUUUUAUGAUCUUUACCUCAAUAGCAGUUGUCUUCUCGCUCUUGAUUUCAUCCAUUAUUACCCACUUUUGUUAUUAAAUAGAUUUCUUUAUAAAUAUAUAUAUAUAUAAAUAAUGUUGAAAUCAAAUCUU